ACUUCUUCCGUGCGACCGACUUAUCCUCAUACAGCUCAGCCUGUCUUAUUGGUCGCAUUGGCAUGGCAGUUGGAUUUCGAUCUAAUAUCUCACCAAUUAUACAAGGCAAUAGCAUUACAAAAGAGACGUGGUCAAGGGAGAUGGAGGUGGACGGAGACCGUGAUGAGACGGUGAUUGGAAACAAAGCGGUGCAAAAUACGACAGCAUCGCGUCCUCGCCGCCGCCGUUUGCUUUUGUCGACAGAUAGUGCUUUCGCCAGCACCGUCCUCCCGUCCCUCGUCCAGAACCCAUAUAUCGAGCUGCGACUGAUCACAGACGAACCCUCUGCGUUGCUCACGGGCACCAACAAGAUCCCGCACUAUAUGGAUACGGUCGACAGCCAAACGUUCGAUAAGAAAACCUCCGCGCGGAAAUGGCUGAAGGCGAAGACGGCGGAGCUAUGCGAAUGGGCGGACAUGCUCUUGGUUGCGCCCAUCGAUGCCGGAACGUUGGGGGCCAUGUUGGCCGGUUUGACGAAUACCUUGACGCUGGCGCUUCUUCGUGGCUGGGUCUCGAAGAAACCGGUGAUCCUCAUUCCAGGAAUGACGGUGUCAGAAUGGGAUCACCCGCUCAGCACUCGACAACUCGAUGAAAUCAGUCGCUUUUGGCCUUGGAUUUGCACUGUCAAGCCUGUGCUCUGGAAGUCGAACGGACCCGAAGACCUGACAAUACUGCCAUGGGACGGCCUGAAGGAGUUACAUCAGACACUGGAGACAAGUUUAAAACUUCCGCCAUGGGAAGCUACUCUGUCGACCAGAGCAAUCCCCCAUGGUGCUGCGGUCCCGCCUAAGACUGCGUCGACAUCUACAUCUGGAAGUGCCAGCGGCUCCACGCCACAAACGAAACAUACAGGCAAUGCCGAUUUUUUACCACUGGAAAUCUGGCUUAAUGUCUUUGAGGAUCAACUCCGCGACUGGGAAACAGCCAAAGCCGUGGGCAUUCCAACUCAUCUCCCUGUUCCCCAAGAAUGGCAGAGCCAUCUACCCAAAAUGUCCACCACGGCCACACUCGAAUAUACUAUCUUGCGAGGAUCCUUUGCGGCAAUUAAAAACCGCAUUGAUGCGCUGCCUCGCUGGAAACCGCUCUCCGACCUUGCCUGCCACCUCAUCGUCAAAUUCUCCCGCACCGACAUCCUUUCCUACCUCACCGAACAACACCUGGACCUCCUCUGGACAACAUCUCGACUCACAAAUAUUCCAUAUCGAGCAUCCGCGAUUUAUGGCAACCCGAACGUACUGACAUGGUGGCGAGAUGCGCCCGCCCUCCCAAACAAAGAGUACAUGGCCGACGCCAUGGACGGCGCCUCCCGAGCUGGUUUCGUCGAGGUACUAGACUGGUGGCUCCAUUCCGGGCUCCCGCUACGAUACAGCGAGCGUGCCCUAGAAGCUGCCAGCGCCGAAGGUCGAGUCCCCGUACUUGACUGGUGGAAAGCCGCCUCGGCCAUCGCCCCAAAAUCCAACCCCUUGUCUCUCAAAGUCGGCAAAUCCGUGCUACUCGCCGCGCAAUCGGGUCGCACUGCAUCGCUUGCUUGGUGGGACGCAUCAGGGAUCCCUUAUAGCCACGCCGAGAACGUUGCCCGCAUCGCGAGCACGCAUGGCCAUGUCCAUGUCCUCGAGUUCUGGUAUAAGCUCAAGGGCCCAAAGAUGAUUUUCGAUAACCAGGUACUGGUUGGCCCGACAAAGAAUGGCCACGACCACAUUUUGCAAUGGUGGAAAAGCUGCGGUCUGCGGGUUGAAUUCAAGACUUGCGACAUUGAAGAGGCGCUUGAGGAUGCUGAUCCGAGCUCUGGCGCUGAGGGUCGUGUUCGACGUUGGUGGGAGCGGAAUGGGCUUAAUCUUGGAGUUGGUACGAGCGAGUGGAUGCGAUCGAAGGUUCUGCCUGUCGCUUCAAUACUCCACCCUGUGAAUGGCAACCAUCCAACAACCUCCAAACCAACCAAUUACUCGCCAACCAAUUCUGCUGAUGCUGGGACGUUGCGGAUUACGACACGCGCUGCGCGCUUCAAAGCCGAGGUUAAUAUCAUCAACCCACACGCGACAUCCCUCACCAACCCGUCAAAUGGCAUCAAUGGUCUCCACAGCAUCGUCAGAAAGAAACAGAACGUCGCUCAAAAUGUACGAUCAAAGAUCCAAGCAAGGAGUAUCAUGACAGACGCCAUUCCAAGCUUUGCUGUACCACCUCUUAUGUUCAUCGGGCUUCUGCUCGGCCUAUGGACGUGGAAAUGCUUCUGGAUCAUCAUUAUGCAAAACAAGCUCCUCUACCUAUCCUGGCUACCUCCAUUCACAAGAUCUGAUGUUAUUUCAGACUAUGAGGCUGAGUGCAGACCUGUGCAGUGGGAGGAGAAGCGAAUUCGCAGUUUGGAUGGGACUAAAUUGGCUGUCUGUGAGGGUUACAUUCCGGUUCCACACAAGGACGCUGAGUCUUUUUCAAAAGCCGGUGCUUUACAAAAUAAAGAUCAUAUCCCAAGACGAAAAAAGUCCGUUGUGAUCUGUUACUUUCAAGGCAAUGGUGGAUCGACUCCUAUGCGAUUGCCUCUCCUCUCUCACGUCUUGCGUCCAAUUACGAAAACGUCAAGAUCAACUUCAUCUCCUAUUCCUGACUCCGAAGUCUCUCAAUAUACUAUCGCUGCUCUCUCAUACCGCGGCUACUGGACAUCAUCUGGCCGCGCCACACAGUCCGGUAUUGAGAUGGACGCCCAGGCAUUCUUGAAUUGGGUUUCGGAAACAUAUGCGUCCCCAGAAACCGAUCUUGAGAUUAUAAUCUGGGGACACAGCCUAGGUGCUGCUGUUGCGUGCUCAGCAGUAUCUACAUAUAUUUCCCACCAACAUGACGGGCAAACCUCAAAUACAGGCAGUAACAAACCGCUGGCACCCAUUGCCGGGCUCAUUUUGGAGGCGCCAACAUCCAGCAUUAAAGAUAUGCUCGUCAGCCUCUAUCCUCAGAAAUGGCUUCCAUACAGAUAUCUUUGGCCAUUCUCUUGGAAUACCUGGGAUAUCAAAGCUAAGAUGAGACAAAUGGCUACAUGGCGAGAUCAACCUGGAUCACAAAUCGCCAACCCUGAAACUACACCAUCAACGCCCCGCUCCCUUCCCCCGAUCCUUCUUCUCUCUGCCGAGAAAGACGAAAUGAUUCCACCAUACGUACCAGUCCAGUUAGAACAACACGCUAAGUCUCUCGGCUUGGAAAUCGAGAGGAAAGAUGUCCUCGGCGCCAUGCAUAUAGAGGCACCACUCAAACUGGAUGGCAGGAAGGCAAUGACACAAUUUAUCCUGAACAGCACAUCCACGCCCAGGACUAAAUCUAAUAACCCCACGAUAGAUACCACAUAG